AUGCUAAACCAUGCUAGAAAAGAAGUUGCAGCUGUACGUAAGAGAAUUGAUGUGGUUAAUCGUGAAUUAAAGCCUCUCAGACAAAGUUCCCGCAAGAAGGAAAAGGAAUACAAAGAUGCACUCGAGGCAUUCAAUGAGAAAAACAAGGAGAAAUCUCAACUGGUCAACAAAUUAAUAGAGCUGGUGGCUAAGAGUGAAAGACUGAGGAUGAAAAAGCUUGAGGAGCUGAGCAAGAAUAUAGAUUCUCUCCAUUGA